CAUUCCUCUCAAAAGCUCAAAUCAAACUCUCAGCAUUGGCCUUUGCCUUUGCCUUUGCCUUUGCCCUUGCCCUUUGGCUUUUUUGUUUUUCUUUGUUUUUUGCUAUUUAGCUGACUCUUUCUUUCAUUGUUUCAACACAACAAACACAUUCACGUUACCACUUAUUUUUACUAAUUAACAAAGGAGGCCUCUCUCUCUCUCCCUCUCUCUCUCUCUCUAUAUAUAUAUGUAUAUAUAAUAUCUAUAUCGCUACCAUAACCAUUGAUGCAAAACAAACAAUAAAAAAAGAAGAAUCAAAAUUUGGAAUUGCUCAGAAUUUCCUGCAAUUAUGGAAAACCGAAAGGAGCAAGAGCAACAGCCUUCCGUCAAGUCGUCGAGAUUCAAACGUAUAUGCGUUUUCUGUGGAAGCAGCCACGGCAAGAGCCCAAGUUACCAGCUUGCUGCUAUUCAACUCGGCCAACAACUGGUUGAAAGGAAUAUUGACUUGGUUUAUGGAGGAGGAAGCAUAGGCUUGAUGGGUCUGGUUUCUCAAGCUGUCUAUGAUGGUGGUCGCCACGUGUUGGGAGUAAUUCCUAAGACACUCAUGCCAAGAGAGAUCACGGGAGAGACGGUGGGAGAAGUAAGAGCUGUAUCUGGCAUGCAUCAACGCAAAGCUGAAAUGUCUAGACAAGCCGAUGCAUUUAUUGCCUUGCCUGGUGGAUAUGGUACCUUGGAAGAACUGUUGGAAGUCAUUACUUGGGCUCAGUUGGGAAUCCAUGACAAACCGGUGGGGCUGUUGAACGUGGAUGGCUACUACAAUUCACUGCUUUCCUUUAUAGACAAAGCUGUAGAUGAAGGUUUCAUAUCACCCGCUGCCCGUCACAUUAUUGUCUCUGCCCAAACUGCCCAAGAACUCAUGUACAAGCUAGAGGACUAUGCUCCAAAGCAUUCUGGGGUUGCCCCAAAACUGAGUUGGGAGAUGGAGCAACAACUGGGAUACAACAACGCAAAGGCUGACAUUGCUCGUUGACUUCAUCAAUCAGAUGGAUCUAAUGAAGGAUUAUUCAUGACCCUAGAUCAUAGAACAAUUACAAUUAUAUAUAAAUAUAUAAAUAUAAUUUAUACCCAAGUCAUGUAGAUUUGGAUUCCUUUAGAACCUACAGUUCCCGUCACCACAGUUUUGCUUUUACUUUAGGCUGUGGAUCUUUUGCUUUGCAAAUGAAUUCCUGUGUCUUGGAAUUUUGGAAUUUGAUCUUUUGGCCUUUAGAGUCUAGGUCGGAGGCCAAUUGAUUUGAUCACUAGUUUUUCCCCAUGUCGGUGAUUGAUUACUGACCCUGUAUAUUAUUUUCUUUGUUUAAUAUAUUCUUAUGAAUUGAUGGGUUGUUGCAA